AUGGAUACGUUUAAGAUGGUGGAUAUUGCUUAUAUCACAUUUUAUAAUCUCAACUGUACUGAUAAUAAUUACAUUGAAUGUAAAAUUGCCUACUGGCUUUGGCGGAUAGUACCCAUUCCGCUUCUUGUGGUUGGCAUAUUUGGAAAUGUGUUCAGCGUGAUUGUGCUAUCAAGACCACGGAUGCGUAAGAACUCGACAUCAAUAUAUCUUCUAUUUCUAGCCGCAUCUGAUAUGGUCAGCUUGUUGUUUGGUCUGCUACCGGAUACAGUAUACAGUAUAACGGGUGUCAGGUUUGUUGAUCGUUCUAAAAUUUACUGCAGAACACGACUUUGGGUCAUUCAUUCGUCAGUCGCGUUUUCUGUAUUGUUGCUUACAUUACUAACAUUGGAACGCUUGUUAUUAACAAAGGCACCAAUUCGCGCACGAAGAUUAUUCACACCUAAAACAUCUUUAGUUGUUUGCAUGACUACCCUUUUUGUCAUUAUUCUUUCAAACAGUCAUAUUGUUUAUGGAUUUAAACAUUACCUGAACAAACAAGAAAUCCUUGAAGAAUUUGGGAAAGACCUAUAUCCUGUUUUACAUUUCCCGUGUGCAUACGUAAAUAAAACGUAUAGGGCAUUUUACACCAGGACAUGGGGAGUGAUUGUUCUGCUGGUAUUCAACUUUAUACCAGCAACAAUUAUUCUAAUAGGAAACGUUACAAUCGCUGCUGACAUAAUCCUGAGGAAGAAACGUCUUAACAAGACCUACCCGACAUUGCAUAUAUCCACUGUAAAUUUACAACAGUCAUGCAGAAGCCGGACAUGCAGCCCUGUUUUAAACACGGAACCCAUUUCCAUACAAAGGAUACCUCCAGUUUGUCCACAAAUAGACAAUCAAAAAGGUACAAACAAUCCAGAAGGUACACCAAGAACAAAAUAUACAAAAGUAAAGACAGUUGGUCAGCACAAUAAUGAAAUUAAAAACCAACCCUUGACGCGUUUGAAAAACCAAACACCACCUGCUAAGGCAAGCAAAGUAAAGGCUCGUUCCCCAAGUCGCAUGCUGUUUACAAUGACCAUAUUUUUUAUGGUGACUUCGUUUCCUUACACUUGUUGUGUUGUAUUAAAAUCACAAAUAGGUGAGUUGAAAGAAAGGGACAUUUCCAGGUGGCAACUUCUAACUAUUGUUGUUCUUAUACUAGGAUGGUGCAAUAAUGCAUUGAACUUUUUCCUGUAUUUUGUGAGUGGAACAUUAUUUAAACAGGAAUGGAAGAGAUUAGUGAAGUCCGGAAAAAUCAGAUUCUGUAGAAUAUUCGAAAGAUAA